AUGGGGACCCAGCACUCCUCUCCAGGCAGCAUGGUCCGUGCCGACGCGGGCGUUGAAGUCACCAAGGACAAUCAACUUUCCCGCCUUCGGCGCAGCCGCCAAGAGGGCGUGCAGGUCCUCGUGGACUUUGUCUCUGACGGCGUCGGGGUCGGUCAUCGUCGGAGCGCAGGCGCUGAUGAUGGUGGCGAAUUUGCCUCCCCAGAGAGGCAGGCGGAGGCUCAUCAGGCGAUCGUUGAUGCCCUGCGGCAAACAGGGCAGUCGUCACACGAUGUCGUUCCGAAUGGCGAAGGCGACACCCGCGUCUCAUCGCUCUGCCCUGGGGCGACCGCUCCAGAAGAAGGUGUAAGCGGCACCCACCUCCUCCAGUUGGCCUUGUCCGGAGAAUCGAGUUUCGCUGAGUGCGGCGAUGUCCACCUUGUUGAGCGCCAGUUCUCGAGCCGCUAG